AUGUCAACAACAAGCAGCGCACAGAGUUUGGGUGACGUCAGGAGAAAGGUGAAAAGGGAUUCUUCUGCGCGAUCUGUUAGAGAGGAGAAACGCUACAGGUGUGAGGAGUGCGGCAAGCAUUUCAGCCAGAUGAGUAAUCUAAAGGAACACAUUCGCACUCACACAGGUGAGAAACCCUACAGGUGUGAGGAGUGCAACAAGCAGUUCAAUAGACUGAGUCAUCUGAAGACUCACAUGCGGACUCACACAGGUCAGACACCUUACAAAUGUGAGGAGUGCAGCAAGCAGUUCAGUCAGCUUUGUAAUCUGAAGGUUCACAUGCGGACUCACACAGGUGAGAAACCCUACAAGUGUGAGGAGUGUAGUAGACAGUUCAGUCAGCUGGGUGAGCUCAAAAGACACAUGCGGACUCACACAGGGGAGAAACCCUACAAGUGUGAGGAGUGCAGCAGGCAGUUCAGUGUGCUGAGUCAUUUGAAGACUCACAUGCGGACUCAUACUGGCGAGAAGCCCUACAAGUGUGAGGAGUGCAGCAAGCAGUUCAGUCAGCUGGGUCAGCUGAAGACUCACAUGCGGACUCACACGGGUGAGAAACCCUACAGGUGUGAGGAGUGCAGUAGGCAGUUCAGUCAGAUGGGUCAACUGAAGACUCACAUGCGGACUCACACAGGUGAGAAA